AUGGGAGCGCUGGAGCCGGGCACCGGAACCCCCAGCCCCGCCGCCCCCAUGCUCACCGGCACCGCCAGCUUCGCCAAGGAGCCACCGGGUCCCCGGGACGCUGCUGCCGCUGCCGCCGCCGCUGCUUACUACGGUGAUGGGGGAGGACCGGAGCCUGGAGCACCCCCUCCGCUACCUUACGGUACCCCCGGUGCUUUCGGCGGCCGGUUCCUGGGACCGUGUCCGCCUUACCGGGCACCGCCACCUCCCGCCGCCCCGCUUGAGGGUUACGCGGUGGAAGGUUACGCGGGUGCGGAGCUCUACGGGGGCGCGGAGGGUGCUUAUACUCCACCCGGGGCUGCCCCGUUGUGCCCUCGCUCCGGUCCGCUCUGUGCCCUGCCCGGUUACCGGGCAGCCGGGAAGGUGCAGGUGAUGCUCAACAACUACCCGCUCUGGGCCAAGUUCCACAAGCACCAGACCGAGAUGAUCAUCACCAAACAGGGCAGGCGCAUGUUCCCCUUCCUCAGCUUCAACCUCUCGGGGCUCAACCCCGUGGCCCAUUACAGCGUCUGUGUGGACGUGGUGCUGGUGGACCAGCACCACUGGCGCUACCAGGGCGGCAAGUGGGUGCAGUGUGGCAAAGCUGAGGGCAACAUGCCAGGGAACCGUCUCUACCUGCACCCCGACUCGCCCAACACAGGAGCCCAUUGGAUGAGGCAGGAGGUCUCCUUUGGGAAGCUGAAGCUCACCAACAACAAAGGGGCAUCCAACAACGUGGGCCAGAUGAUCGUGCUGCAGUCGCUGCACAAGUACCAGCCCCGGCUGCAUGUGACAGAGGUGAAGGAGGGGGAGGGCGAGGAGCCCUGCCCCUCCCCCCACACCCACACCUUUGCCUUUCCCGAGACUCAGUUCAUCGCCGUCACCGCUUACCAGAACGCCGACAUCACCCAGUUGAAGAUCGACCACAACCCCUUCGCCAAAGGCUUCCGGGACAACUUCGACUCGAUGUACUCAGCCUCGGAGGGCGAUCGCCUCACUCCCUCUCCCCCGGAGGUGCCAGGCUGCCAGCAGCUCCUGCCAGCUCCCCGCUUCCAGCCCUUCCUGCCCGAGCAGUACCCUCUGCCCCCCGGGCGCUUCUUCGGUGGGGAGCGGGGGGGUCCACUGCCCCUGCCCCCCAAGGACCCCCCGCGCUGGUUCUUUACCCCCCAGCAGCCUCCCGCCGCAGAGUACGGCGGCUACGAAACAGGGUACGGGGGGGGCAAACUGGUGCCCUAUGGGGUGAAACCCUUUGCCCUGCCACCUGCCCCCCACCCUCCCCUGCCCUACUACCCCGAGGGGCCUGGGGGAGGGUUUGGAGGGGUAGGGGGAGGCUGGAGCCCUGGGCAAUACGGUCCCAAAAACAGCCCUGGAGGGGCUCUGGGCUGGUACCGCGAGCCCCGGGAGGAAAAGGGGAAGGAGGUGGAGGGCUGGCCCCCCCCUGAGCCCCCCACCACCACCUCGGGGGACUCCUCAGACUCGGGGCUGUAUGAAUGCAAGCGGAGGAGGGUGUCCCCCUACCCCUCCAGCACCGAGAGCUCCCCCCCACCCCGAAACGGGGACCCCUACGACAAGGACCUGGGGGUCGAUGGGGGCUACUAUGGCUUCUAUGGCAACUGA